UAUCCAGUCGGGGGCAGUGAGCUCGCUUUUCAACAAAGACACCAGACAAAAGAAGAAGAAGAGACUCAAAAACACACUGGACAGUGAAGCUAUGGCAGGAGACAAGGGUCCUCUGGGCCAACUCAAGGACCUGGUAGAGCUAAAGGACCAGCUGGAAGAUAUUCAGAGACGGAUGGAGGAUGAGAUACAGGCUGGGGUUCCUCCGGGAGGCAGUCUGCUGGGUUCUCCCUUCCUGAAGGGUUUUCUGGCCGGGUACGUUGUUGCAAGGUUUCGCUCUUCAGCUUUGAUGGGUGUUGCCAUAGGAGCGUGUACAGGUAUCUAUGCAGCGCAAAGAUAUGCCGUGCCCAACAUUGAAAACACCAUCAAAGACUACAUAAGCAACUUUAAAGGCGGUUCCAAAUAAGAGGACCUGAAGACUAGAAGAGCAGGAGAGACAUCUGCAAGCUUAGGGUGCCACUACAGCUGCAAACGGGAACAGAUACACAUUUCAUUAAAACAACUUUUCUGUAGUUCUUAUUUUCAGCUUCCACAUAAAUAGGGAAAUUCUUCAGUAGCAAGCCAAUUUAUGGAGUAAGGGGACUCUUGCUUUGAAUAUGGGUGACUGACAUAUAUUAUACAGCAUAUGAGCAUAUAGGCAGAAUGUGUAAAGGAUUACAAUUCAGAUUAUUAAAACAAAAGAGAAGCUGUAUUUCUUUCCAAUAAAGUCACUGAUUGAAUUUUAGACUGCUGCCUGGAAGAGAAUCAUUAAAACUGCCAUAAUUGAUUUCUGUCCUGAACCCUAUACUGCCCACAAUAUGGGCUUUCUGAAGAUGUAUUGAUAUAUAAUGAGACUGACCAUUAUCCAAAUGUGCAGGCCAGCUGUGUUGGCAAUUUCAUCUCCUUUCUUUAGACGGUUCACUCGAGAGAAAUGCACCAUGUCACUUUUGCUGUAGAUGUUUAGUCUCUCCAAGAGGAAAUGUGUCAUGUAUUGCCCCCUAGUGGUCAGAAAUCAAUUACAGCAGCCUUUACUAAUGUGCACUUUUUUUCACUCAUGGUGAUGUAGCUUGUACACAUUUUCUCACCUCAAACUCAGGUGGCUCUUUAGUCUAAAACGUGUUGAAACCCUUCAUGUUUGGAGGUGCCAGAGCUAAAUCUGGUGUGGUGUGAUUCUGUCUUGGCAGGGACAACACUCCUCACUCACCAUGUGAUUAUAGGUCAAUUUUUAUUUUUAAAUUCUAGAAUUCAUCUUUAGAGAGGUUCAUGGAAAAAUAACCUAUGAAUCCAAAAAUGUCACACUCAGUUUAAAAAAAUAUAUAUUCCACCUCAAACUGCUUUAAAAUUAAACUGUACGCCAAAGUGAAUAUUUUCUUGAAAGAUGUAGAUUUAAUUGCACUUGUUUUACCAAAACAUGAAAGUGUGUGUAUUUGGAGUAUUUUCUGAAAACUAUAUAAUAUUAACAGUGCCUACUCUGGUCUGAACGUGAUAUCAUCAUCUCAUGCCAUGUGUGCAAUAGCCUUUCUCGAUGGGGUAUGGCAUAUGCUGGAAACUAGUUGAUCUUUUGCAAUUGUAUGAAUUUUAGGGAUUUGAAGUUGUUACUUUGUCUUUCGACAAACAAUUAUUUUUGUUUUGUGUCCGAAGAAAUAUCAAAACCUGUCAAAGAAAAUCUAUGAUACAGUGGUAACGUGUUUACUAAAAAUGUGGUGUCGGCUUCAUGCUUUUGAUGAGUUGUUCCUACUGAAAAGGGUUCCAUGAGAAAGACAUUAGAAGUGUAAAAUGGAUAAAUGUCAAUAUUACGUCCAUAAAUCAUGUUGUUGCUGCAGGUCUGGAAACAAAUAGUAGCACAAUUGAUAAUACAGCAGAAAUGCAGUCAGAAUUUUCAUUUUGCUGUGCAGAUAUUUCAAGUGGGUGGGAUAACCUGAAAAAAAAAAAAAGAUUUACAAUUAAACCCACAAAUAGGAUUUAUUUUUAUGACCAUAGGUACUGUAUUGCUGCAGUUGACUUUAACGCACAAUGAUUGUGUACAGAGUCCGGUCUGUAACAAGUAUUAGACAUAAAAGAAGCCAUAUUUAAGUCCUUUUGGUUUGUGGAACGUGUGCUCUAUGUUUGAUAACUGGAAAACAGAAACAACUUGUGCCUAUAGACGAUCAUCGUUACUGUCUUUGUAUUUAUUGCAUGCUCUGUUUCUUUAUUUACCGUCUUCUAUUUCUGCAUGUUUUAUUCUUGCUUUUUAAGGCAUACCUAUCUUUGAACACUUGAUAUGCUGAAGUAGAAUACGGGUCAAUGGAUGGUGCUUUAUGUCACUGUCUUGUCAUCAUGGGCUUUCAUUCGGUUUGAAAUUCCUUUUGUGAUAUUGUUAAAGAAAACUGCCUGAAUUAUCAUAAAGAUUUUUAUUUGGAUUGUUCAAAUAAAUGGGGAAAAAAUACAGUU